UCAAGAAGCAGGUUCAACCAACUCUGGAGUCUAACCCUGAACUCUGAGUUGAUCUACUCUGAGACAGGAAACUCUGACUUACGGGUUUCAGAACAGGUGAUUUCAAUUGGUUCAAUCAACACAGAGUUUGUUCACUCUGAGUUAAGCGCGUGCACCACGACUUUAAAAAGCCCUGAUCAAUGGAGCCCCGUUCCCUCGAUUCACCAUGGCAACGAGUGAGAAGAAAAGAUCGUCGUAUUUCAGUCCUCUGGAACUGGAUAUAUUAAUGCGGUCAUACGGCAAAUUUGAAAGCGUUUUUAAAAAGAAAAGCAACAUUGAAAGCGUUUUUAAAAAGAAAAGCAACACGGCUGCAGCAGCGAAAGAACGCGAGUCGGCGUGGGAGAAGAUUACUGCUCGAGUCAAUGCAUGUAAUCCCACCGGCGAAAAAAGAACGUGGAAGCAGCUGAAGAUGAAAUAUAAAAACAUUGUUCAAACAGCCAACAGAAAGCGGGCAUCUGCCUGCAAAACUGGCGGAGGACCACCCCCACCACGUCUGACCGAGGCAGAGGAGCUGGCCAUGAGUCAGACUGUCGGGAGGCCAGUCGCAGAGGGGAUCCCUGGGGGAACCUCAUCCUCGGACAUGAUUACACAGGAGCCACCAGUCUUGAUAAGAUAUUCUGAAGGCGUACUUGGUAUAGUGGAUCCAUGUGCCACUUUAACUGAUGAUGAAGAUGAUGGGACCACAAUGUCUGCUGCCUUCUCUGUGGUGUCUGAGAGGGAGCCUGAGAGGAUUUCCUCUCCAUUCACAUGUCUUUACAUGCUUUUGUGGAUUAUAGUGACUUUUAGCCUACACUGAAGUAUUAACGGAUUCUUAUCCAUUUUAGCAGAGCAUGGCUGGGCAGCAGGAAGAGGGUCCCUCAACCUCCACAGCACAGAUUGACACAGUGAGAUACGUAUUCAGUAAAUUCCAGAGGUUAAUUCAGUGGAAUUCAUGUGCAACUGUAUAAUGUCAUCCUUAUGUGUUCCCAGCUACCACUAAAAGAAAUCUACAAAGUGCAUUUAUUAAAAACAGUACAAAAAACAGAAAAAGAAAUGGUGCUGCUGGACCGCCAGAUAACUAAAACGGAUCUGGAAAUUGAAUUAUUAAAACACAAGUUAGAGGUGGGUGCAUGGUCAUAGGUGAAUUGUGUUGAUGAUUGUAACAAUUAAAAAGUAAGAAACAAUUUUUUUUCUUAUUUGUAGGAA